CUGUAACGCCAGGGACGUCACGCACGCGUUGCUGACCUUAAAAAAAAAUUAGCUACUUAUCAAUUUAGCGCUAGAUUAAAAGUAUUAUAACACGAUUAAUACAAUGCAAUUACAUCACCUACAUAAAGUGUCAGUCGAAGAUAUCUUUAUCAAUGGUUCGGUCGUUUUUAAAUAAGUGAGUGGUUAUUCAAUAAAUAUGUCGAAAAAAGAAAAAAAAGUUCAAAGUAAAAAAGUUGAAGAAACAAAGAAGGUUACUGGAAAGAGGAAAAAAAGUAGUAUCAGUAUAACACUUCUCCUGAUACCGAUAUUGUUGGGUUUGUUAUUAGCGUUUCCUUGCUACCAUAUAUUUCAGUGUUUGACAACAAUACCUGAUACACCACAAUUGGAUUUGGAUUACUGGUGGGGUCCCAAUGAGACAAAGAGUAAACAGAACAAGGAUAUACGACCUUACAGAAUAGUGUUCGGCGAUGGAAUGCUGCAUGAUCUUCGGAUGAGAUUUGACUCAUAUCGGACAGAAACAAAAAAAGUUAAGAGUCUCAAGGAUGCAGCGUGGACAUACGGUAUAAAUUCAGAGGCUUUUUCCCAGUUUUUCUCGAAUUGGAUCUUUCAAUACAAACCAGAAGAACGAGUGAAGUUUCUGAAUCAAUUCGAUCAAUUUAAAACAAAUAUCCAAGGACUUGAUAUCCAUUUCAUUCAUGUCAAGCCAAAAGUUAAGAAAGGCGUGAAGGUUUUACCACUUCUCCUUCUCCACGGCUGGCCGAGUUCUGUGAGAGAAUUCUAUGAAGCCAUACCUUUAUUGACCACGGUCAGACCAGGAUACGACUUUGUCUUUGAAGUUAUUGCUCCUAACUUACCUGGAUUUGUUUAUUCACAAGGACCAGUGAGACCAGGUUUAAGUCCAACAAAAAUAUCUAUAGUAAUUAGAAACUUGAUGCAAAGACUUGGCUUUAAGAAGUACUACAUACAAGGCGGUGACUUCGGCCACAGUGUUGGAUCGGGAAUAGCCACGCUGUUUCCAAACGAAGUACUCGGAAUCCAUACAAAUUUUCCAGCAAAUUUUGCCAAUAAAGCAUAUUUGGCAUGGAUUUUGGGUGCCAUUUGGCCAACAUUAGUGGAAAAGGAAUAUACAGAUAGGUUAUAUCCAUUGGCAAAGAAAGUUGAGUUCUUUUUGGAAGAAUUUGGAUAUCUUCAUUUGCAAGCAACUAAACCUGAUACUAUAGGUAUAGCGCUGCAAGAUUCACCACCAGGCCUCGCGGCGUACAUCCUAGAUAGGUUCAUGAUAUUCACGGACGUCAACAAUAAAUAUACAGAAGACGGUGGACUAUCCAAACACUACAACCACACCAAAUUGUUGGAUAACAUCAUGCUGUAUUGGGCUAGUGGUUGUAUAACCACUUCUGUCAGGUUGUAUAAGGAGAGUGUUGGGAACAGUGAAUUUGAACAAGUCAUUGCUAAAAUACCCACACCGGUACCAACAUGGGCUCUCCGUCUCAAACAUGAGAUUGUAUUCCAUCCAGAAUUUAUAUUAAAAUGGAAGUAUCCCAAUUUUGUUGGUGCAACGACCUUGGACUAUGGCGGACAUUUCGCAGCCUUGGAAUUGCCUGAGGAAUUCGCUGACGACAUAUUCAAAGCUGUGAAGAGCUUCAUUGGUUUUACGAAUAAAGAAAAAGAGUUUUAAAAACAGAACAAAA